GCAUCAUCAGCCCCUUUCAACCCUGAUCAGAUGCCCACCUUUGACCCUUCACCCAUCAAUCCUGAUCCUUUGGGAAAGGACAAGUACGUGGCCUCGGCAGGCUGCAUUAUCAUCGGCGACGAGGUCCUCAAUGGAAAGACCAAAGAUAGCAAUUCCAACUAUUUUUCAAAGUGGUGCUUCAACCUCGGAAUCGAUUUGAAACGGGUUGAGGUCAUUCCCGACGAUGAGGACGACAUUGUCGAGACGGCCAGGCGCAUGGCCAGCAAGUAUGACCUCGUCAUCAGCUCGGGUGGCAUCGGACCAACUCCGGAUGAUAUCACGUAUCAGAGCAUGGCGAAGGCCUUUUCGGAUGGGAAGCUCGAGCACCAUCAAGAGACGCUGAGGCGCAUGGAGCUGAACCUCAAGGCUCGUAGGCGAGACGUCUCGGGGACUGAAGAGAUGAUGACCGCUCGAAAGCGCAUGGCCUUGUUUCCCGUCUCGUCAUCCAACUCUUCCGUCGAGGUAAUCUUUCCCACCACGCAGCUCUGGGUUCCCGUCGUUCGUCUUUCUGGAAAAGUCUGCAUCUUGCCUGGCGUGCCUCGACUCUUUGAAGGGCUACUCGACGGCUUGGAAAAGUACGUUCCCAUUGAUCCCAACAGACCUAGACCUUAUCGAUUGUUGGUGCACACCAAAUGGCCAGAAAGCAACAUUUCUCCUUUCUUGGUCGAGUUGACGGAAAAGUGCAAAAAGGAGGGCAUCAAAGUCGGCAGUUAUCCCAAGUGGAACUCCGGCGUGGACGUUUCGCUCAUCGGCGAAGAUUUGGCCCGCCUACAAGAGCUCGGAAGCGAAGUGGAAAAGGCGGUGGAGGGCAAGAUCACCACGGCUGGCAAGAUCGGCGAAGAGUCCAGUUGA